AUGUCUGCUGGAGACUAUGAUGUGUUGGGGACUUUAGUGUCUCGCUCAAUCUCUGGAGCAAAACAAAACCAUAUCUCUUGGUCCCGGCAAGGACUUAUUGCAUAUAUUUUGGAUUCUCAAAACGACGAUGGGUUUUCCCAAAAGGAGGGGAAUUUAAGGUUAACCUUUUUGGAAUGUGUGGAUGGAAAACAUUGGCAAUUGGCACCUCCCACUUUUUUUAACAUUGGUGCUCUUUUGACUGGUUCGAAUCCUUCGUCAAUACCUGUUCAUCAGAAUACUAAGCAAGUAUCGACUAAUUAUGUUUUAUUCUCCAACACAGGCUGGGAUCUAUUCACUUCAGACAAGCAUGGAAAUGUUACAAUUUUGGUUACUGGGCUGAAACGUGUUCUCAGUAAUAAACCUAAUAGCGAACUUAUUUCAGCUGAGAACAUCAACCAUAACAUUGUUCAGAUGCAAUACUCACGUACCUCCUUUAACACAUGCGAAAUUUUCUACACAGAACAUAACAAAGGCGCUACCGUAUUAGAAAGUCUGGGAAACAAGGUAAUAACUGCCAAAUGGCUGAACUUGCAAAAGACGGUAAUCUCGAACAUCCCGGCAAUACGGAUCCAGCAGAACUCAGAAAAUCAAGUUUUGAAUGGUUGUGCAUCCAAAAUGGGAGCUGCAACGGAGGAUGCUCAUGGGUACUAUUAUAGAUACAACGCUUUACAACACAAGGCAUAUGGUCCGUGCCAUCCGUUGAGUUCUAAACAAGCGUGCCUGUCGGUGCGUGCAAACGGUGAGAUCUGUCUCUACCAUCAAGAAGAACAUGGUGUUGAAUAUGUCAGAGUUCAGGGAAAUCUUCAUAAUGAAAGUGAUUCAACUGAUUUGAUCACUAAAUCGAGCAUAGGAUAUGAAAGGAAUGGUAAAAUUAUAAUUGCAGCAUACUAUGAAAAGUCAAUGUAUUUGAAAUUUUAUGAAGUUGUUAUACAUUGGAAUUAUCUUUCUAAUGCGGCCAAACUACUUGCUGAAAACCCCAAUUAUAGGGCUACUCCCGAGGAGAAAAAUAAUCCGACUAUGGAGGUACGUAAGAUUUUACAACGAGAAAUGGAUAAUAUCGUUGAAGGAUUUACAUUUACUGACAUUGACAUUAUUUCUCCAAACUUUGAGCAAGAUUCGGCUAUGGAUGUUCUUGUUAGGGUUAAAAAUAAAAAAUUACAUCUGAAUGAUUCGUUUCUGACCGGGAUAAUUCGCUAUCAGUUAUAUGAGACGCCCCUUAAUCAGUUUAUUCAUAAGAGUUUCAAAACUAUCGCCAGUAAAAAUAGUAUAGAUAUCACACAAUCUCUCGGAACUUCCUAUGAAUUAAAAUACUCCCAGACAAUAUCAAUAAAUGAUGCAAUAAUAAGCUUGGAGUCUCAGCACUUGGAUAUGUAUAUUUCAAUGGUUUUGGCAAGUGGUGAAGUGAAGCUUUUCAGAAGAGCCACUUUUCUUGAAGAGGUUAAUAGAUUCAAAGCUGAUACAAGAAAUAUUAAAACUGAAGCUGGUUUAACCCCCCAACCACCGCAGUCGCAAGAAACAAGCCUGCCUCCGACUAUAUCAACUUUGCUUGAUGCAGGUUAUGAAUUCCCUCCAAUUGAAAAACAGCCAGUUUAUGCAUGCCUUUCUCCAAACCUAUGUGCCUAUGUUUCAUUGCCAAUUGACGGCUCAUCUCUUGAAGUUGGGUGCGUUGUGACACAUAAUGUUGACCCCGGUUAUUUAAAGGGUGAAAAGAAAGGUUUAUUACUUGCCAAAGCUGCUGCUAUAGCACUUCGACACACAACGGCAUGUUACUUAGGUUAUUUUACAGACGAUCUAGUUGCAACGAUUAGGACUGAUUUAGCUAGGAUGUCGAAGCUUGCGAGCGAAAACUAUUCAUAUGCGUUGAUGGUUUCUAUUCUUCAGGAAUCACAUCGAGCUAUUAACUUGAACAUUGAUAUAACCCCAGAACAAUCUGACAAAAUGACUCAAAAUCAACCAUUACAGCGACUUCUCACAUUGCAGUUAUCUUUAAGUACAUUUGAAAACUGGAACAAAACGAGAAGCGGGAAGAUUGCACUCGCGUUGUUAAACUUGAGGUAUAUUGCAAGCUCCAUCAUGUAUACCAUCCAUACAAUUUACUCUAAUAUUCAUAGGUUUGCCAAAAAGGGAUUUCCUGCCACAGAUACUCUACUGAAUGCAAAAUUACGAGAAGAAUGCAUUAUAUCUGUAGUUGGUGUUAUCAGGUGGUGUUUAGAUUAUAUUGUUUUAUUGUCACAAGAGAUACUGGAAUUAGAUAGUGCAUUCAAAUCUCAAAACCAAGAGAGAAUUAGUAAACUAAUGAAAGACUCAAUUGUUAUACCGCUAAUCUUGGGUAAGAUUCCUAGAGCGUUUUUAGUUUUUUCCAUUGCAAAUAUCAGGAGACUUUUCUCAUUUGUUCAAAAAUUUAUUGAAAAAAUAGAUCCGAGUGUGACAGCAAAGGUUACAGCAGAAAAUCCUUUGGGUGGGUUCGAUGUUAUUGAAAGUUGGUUCCUUAAUGGUGAUUCCUCAGUCCUCCAGAAGAAGCUCGGUGGUCCUGUAAAGCCAGGUUCUCCGCCAAAUUCUAAGAAUGGGAAGGCCAUUGUCACCUCUCCUAUUGUAGAGGCAUAUUAUAGACUAGGGCUAACAAUCAAAAGACUACCUGUUUCCUUGGUAGCAUUUGAAAAGUUUCUAUCUGAGGCUGAUGGGCCUCUGAGGAACAUGAAGCUUGAUGCUCCUACAUCACUUGCUAUUGAGCAGCAAAUUAUAUGUCAAGGAUAUAUUUCCAGAAAUUUUACAGAUGCUAUCAGAAAACUAAGUGACGUAUUUACUAAAUCCGUCUUAACUUACUCUGAUACAAAGAUAUCAGACCUGUAUUUUUAUGAUGUUUCUUGGCUAGGAUUCAAUUCGCCAGAGGAUAGCGAAGAUGAUGAUUACUAUGACAAUGAUUUGUCAAGUGAAGAAUGCCACGAUAAUACUGCAGCCGCUCCUCAGCAAAUUUCCAAUGAAGUUGCUAUUGAUGAGUUCAUCAAAUCUGAUAAAAGCAAUUUAAGUAGAACCGUCAUUAUACAGAAAACAGAUAUUAAGAAAUCUGAAAAAAUGUACCGGAAUUUAGUGUGCAAGAUCCUCCAAAAUGGCGGAAUUAUUGAUAGUGUUCGCAAAGAAUGGUUUGGUCCCGAGACAAUAAUGAAGCCUGUCGGCGAAUAUAUAACUAAGAAAAACAUAUACUCAGAUACAACUGUCGGCGAGUCAUCUAAGACUGCACUAACACCAACGGGGGAUUUACGACCAAACAUCCGAAAAUGCAUCAGAUGUGGUUCUAUAUCUGUUGUUAACGAUGAGGUGGUCUUUAUUCCGAACAGCAUGACUUUUGUAACAAAUCCGGUAUUUCAGCAAUACCAGAGGAUAUGUAUUUGUGGCGGAUCUUGGGUAAACAUCUAA